GUCAUCAAAUGAGCGACAGAGUCAUCUGUCUGGCCGAGGCAGCUGCGUGUACACACAGCAGGCUGGGAGAUCGUGAAAAUGGUCAAAUCGGGCAAACUUCGAUCCGGGACAGGCUCGAAACUCAAACGAUGGAAGAAAGGACGCAGCAGCGACUCCAACCCCCAGACGAGUAGACAUCGAUCUGCUGCUAAAAGUCGCUUUUUCAGCCGACCAUCAGGAAAAAGUGAUCUGACGGUCGAUGCGCUCAAGCUCCACAAUGAGCUGCAGACGGGUCCAUUGGAGAUCAAAACGGCGAGCCAAAAAGAUGCGAGAAUGGAGGAAGAGCCGGCGUUGUCGCACAGGACUUCGGGCACCUUCCUCAGCGGCCUGUCGGACUGCUCCAACCUAACCUUCAGGAAGGUGCAACGUUUUUGGGAAUCCAACUCAGCCGCUCACAAAGAGAUUUGCGCUGUGUUGGCAGCUGUAACUGAGGUGAUUCGUAGUCAGGGAGGCAAGGAAACAGAAACUGAGUACUUUGCUGCCUUGAUGACCACUCUGGAGGUUGUGGAUUCAGCGGAAUCGCAAGCUGCAGUGGCCUACCUCCUCAACCUCACCAUGAAAAGGGUACCCGCCCCGGUGCUCAUGUCUAAAUUCUCAGACACCACCAAGGUUUUGAUGGACAUCAUGUCCCAGCAGGCCUCAUCUGAAAGCACUUCGUCUCUCAGAUGGAUUUUGUCAUGCUUGGCCACUCUGUUGAGGACACAGGACGCGACUGUCUGGACUUACCCAUCCACUCUUCAGGCGUACCACGGCCUGCUCAGCUUCACCGUGCACAGCAAACCCAAGGUACGUAAAGCAGCGCAGCAAGGUGUGUGCGCCAUCCUCCGAGGGAGCGGCUUCCUGUUCACAGACAAUGCGCCCGCGCAUCACCCGGCUGCCGCGUCCACAGCCAAAUUCUGCAUCAAGGAGAUGGAGCAAGCGGGAGGAAGCAGAGAGGACACCACCACGCUUCACGUGUUGGGUCUCCUGAAGGAGCUGAUGUUGUCGUUCCCCCUCGCGGCCGUGAAAUCGUGUUGCGAGACGUUGCUGCGAGUCAUGACGCUCAGCCAUGUGCUUGUGACCGCCAGUGCCAUGCAGACCUUCCACAGACUCUUCAGCGGGAAGCCGAACCCCUCAAACCUGUCACCCGAACUCAACGCACAAAUCAUCACAGCUCUGUACGACUACCUGCCCAGUGAGAAUGACCUGCAGCCUCUGCUGGCCUGGCUCGCUGUCAUGGAGAAGGCACACGUUCACUUGGCAUGUUUGCAGAGUUCGUUGAGUCUGGGGCACCUGCCUCGCCUCUUUUCGGCCACCAUGUCUUGCCUGUUGUCGCCUCACACGAAGGUGGUCUCUGCGGCCGCUAGCAUGCUCAAGACGUUGCUGACCGAGUGCGUGGGUCCACGCAUGGAGGAAAUAGGGGUGGUUUCUGCCACGGCUUCUGCAGGCAACCCCUCCUAUGUCUGCAAAAUGUUUCGUGUCGUGGAGGAAGGCUUGUCCUAUCGCUUCCAUGCCGCCUGGCCUUUUGUUUUGCAAAUACUUGGCUGCUUCUACAAAGUUGCGGGGAAACAUGCGCACCCUGUCAUGACCAAGUCGUUGCAGUCUCUUGCCGACUUGCGAGCCACUCCUCGUUUCCCGUACAGUGGCGAACUGGAUCUGGCAGUAGGUGGCGCUGUUCAGAGCAUGGGCCCCCAGGUUGUCUUAGGAGUAGUGCCUCUAAAUAUAACUGGCUAUGAUGACGACCUGGAGUUCCCACGGAGCUGGCUUGUCCCGGUCAUCCGCGAUCAUGUGAAGAACACUCACUUGGGCUUCUUUACUUCCUAUUUCCUCCCUCUGGCCACCACGCUCAAGCAGAGAGCGGAAGAGUUGGAGCAAGCGGGUCAGAAAUUGGAAGCCAAAGUCUAUCGGAUCUUACAGCUUCAGAUUUGGACCAUGCUUCCCGGUUUUUGCACAUGCGCCGUGGACCUGGUGGCGUCCUUUAAAGGCCUCGCCCGAACUCUCGGCACGGCCAUCAAUGAGUGGCCCGACCUGAGGCUCAUUGCCUGCCAGGCCCUGCGCACUCUCAUCAAUAAGAGCUGCACGACUGAGGAGGAAAGAGCCGAAGUGGGUCGCUUCUCCAAGAACUUCCUGCCGAUCCUUUUCAACGUAUACAGCCAGCCACCUGCCGAAGGAGAGUCUGGAGCCUACAGGAUGGCGGUCUUGGACACUAUCAAAGUCUACCUGACAGUCACUGAGCUGCAGAUGAUCAAUACCUUCCUGCAAAAAGCCACAGAGAGAUUGACAAGUACAGAAGGCACAGAGUUCAUUCGGUUGUCAAUGAUGGACCUAGUGGUUGCUAUGGCGCCCUUCUUGGAUCAGUUAACAAUGACAAAGACAUUUGAGCUCAUCAAGCCAUAUUUGGAGAUUAAAGACCCGGGCAUGCAGAAGAAGGCGUAUCGCGUGCUUGAGGAGAUGUGCGCGGGUGAACGAGAUGAGUGCAGGUCGUUCGUCGUGGCCAACCUUGAGACUUUAAAGGUGGUCUUGCUGGAGACUCUGAAAAGUGCUUCAUCGCCAGCGAAAAGGCCGCGACUGAAGUGUCUGAUCUGCAUUAUGAAAAGACUUGACGAAGAGCACAAAGACUUCAUCAUCUCGCUGCUGCCAGAGGUGAUUGUAUGCACCAAGGAAAUGUCGGUGGGCGCCCGCAAGAAUGCCUACACCCUGCUGGUGGAAAUUGGGAAUGCGUUUGUGCGCUUUUGCGGGAACGCUAAAGAGGCCAUCAAGGAGUAUCUGGUGAUGGUGUAUGCAGGCCUCACAGGCCCCAUCACGAUGCUCACCUGCACCGUGUUGGCACUCACUCGACUGGUGUACGAGUAUAAAGACUCCAUUGAGGUGUCCACCAUGGAGCAGCUUCUGCACAACGUAUGCCUGCUGCUGGCGUCUCGCACCAGAGAAGUGGUCAAGGCCGCGCUGAGUUUCAUCAAGGUCAUCCUUUUCGUCCUGGAGACCAACACGUUAGCGUCGCACCUUACUGUGAUGAUGGAAGGCAUUGCGAGUAUGUCCAAUGAUGCGAGGAGACACUUCAGAGUCAAACUCAAGAACAUCUUCACCAAGUUUAUCAGGAAGUUUGGGUUCGAGGUAGUGAAGAAUCUGCUACCUCUUGAACACCACAAGGUUCUGGCCAACAUUCGCAAGACGGAAGCUCGCAAUAAGAGAAAGAAACAAGCGUCGGAGCAACAGGAAGACUCGGACAGUGAAGAGGAAGCUCCCAAAGCCACCGGCGACAGUAUUGAGGACAUCCUGGCGGGGUCAGACAGCGAGCCGUCAGAGGAUGAAGGCAAGGCUGGAAGGAAGAAAAAAGGCGGGAAGCAGCAAAAGGGUCGGGCCUGGCUGAAAGAAGGAGAGGAGGACGACCCGCUCAACUUCUUGGACCCCAAAGUUUCUCAAAGAGUGCUUGCCACCAACCCUGAGAAGAAAAAGAGCGCCAAGGCUGAACACGGCUUCAAGGUGACAUCAGACGGGCGGCUGAUCAUCAAAGAAGAGGACGACGAGGAUGACCAGAAAGAUGACGGCGAAAUGAAGGAUAUUCUGGAAGAAGCUGGAGUGAAGAUUAAAAAGGUACAAAAGAGGAAACUCCGAGAUGACAACUUUGAUGAUAUGGACACAGAAACACAUCCCAAGUACAAAGCUGGUGGUUCGGGCAUCCACAGACAGUUGGGAGGGCGCGCAGACUUUGGAGCAGAGUAUAAGUCAAAGAAAGGAAAGGGGGAUGUUAAGAAGACAGGCAAACUGGACCCUUAUGCUUACAUCCCUCUACGGAAGGCCCAGCUCAAUCGCAGGAAGCGGGCCAAGCUGCAGGGCCAAUUCAAGGGCAUGGUGAGAGGAGCCCAGAAGGGGGCGCUGUCAGGUAGAAAAAUGCAGAAGAGCAAGCGGAGAGCCUGAAGACCAUGGAUGACUCUUCGAAGGAAAUUCAAAUGUGUGUGCCUGUGUGUUUGGUGACGUCAUGGACAUCUUGUGUGGAUGUGAAGAACUCAGUUUGUUCUUGAACUGCCUCAUAAUCCUAAUUCUGCUCUUCACAUUGAGUGUAUGCAGAUACAAAGACAAAGUAUUAUGUAUUUUCCUUACUAAGCCACCUUAGAGCAGUGUUGGCUUGUGAGUGAAUAAUAAUCUUUUAAAGGAGAUAUACUGUACAUUUUUUUCUUUUUUCAUCAAAAUCCAAAAUGGUUCUAUUUGUCGUACAUGUCUGUGAUGUGCUGCCAUCAAAAUGUCAAUGUCAACGACUAUCAGAAGCUAAUCUGCAUUCAGCAAAACGCCAGCCGCACUGCUUACUUUGUACCUCUACCCUAUUUCUCCUUUUCUCCCAUUUAAACUUAAAUUAUGACUUUGAAUGCACUCCAAAAUAAUUUUUAAAAAAAUCUC